CUCGGGUAUGCACUCAUCAUGGCGACCGCCGCUUCCCUGGAGAACAUCUUUGCGCCCGUUUUGGUUGGCUCAUGGCUCAAUGUGAUAGUCUACACACUGGAGCUGCUGCUCGCGUAUCAGUACUACUGGAACAAGAAGCAUUCUUCUCCCGGCGCAAACAGUACUGUAGUGCGAUGGAUCGUGGGCGUGGCGCUUUUUGUCGACACUCUUGGGACGCUGGCGGUUUUCGCAUACGCAUAUCUGUUUUUGGUGGCUCACUGGGGAGAGCCGGCGUUUCUCGCGCGGAACCCAUGGCCAGGGUCUAUCCAUGCCAUCACCUCGGGCAUCGGCUCGGUUAUCGUUCACUGGUAUCUGACGUGGCGGUACUGGAACCUGUCCCGGAACUACGUCGUCUCCGUCGCGCUGUGCCUCGCCGCGCUGACGUCGACUGCGGGCGCCUUUGCGGCAGGCAUCGGCGCCGCAAUGCGUGACGCGGUCGUGGAAAGAGACAGGAUCAUCCCCCUCUGCAUGGUCUGGCUCAUUGCAGCUGUCGUUACCGACAUCGGCAUAGCCGCCGCGCUCGUCUUGCCACUGCGGUCAUACAAGAGCGCCUUUGCGCGGACGCAGUCUGUCAUCCAAAGGCUCAUCGUCGGCGCGAUCCAGACGGGCAGCGUGACUGCGGUCAUGGCAGUCGUGACCCUCACCACGUUUGUGGUGUGGCCGCGCACAAGCAUCUCGCUCGCGCCGUGGUUCCUCCUGGGCCGGCUCUAUGGCUGCACGCUGCUGUUCAACCUCGUCGCGCGCCGGCCGGGGAGCGCGGGCGGCACGACUCAGUCGGACGAUCCCGAAAACUUGUCCGGAUCACGCGCCGCCGUCAGCUUCAUCAGCCACCCGCGCGAGCGCGCGACCCGGAUGGACACGUUUGGCGGCAUCCAUGUCCACCAGAUUGUGCAGGUCGCCAAGGACAACGAUCUCCGCGGCCGCGGGCUCGAGUCGAAGCUGGCAGAGGACGCGGAGAUGGCGGAUGACGCGAGCGUGGCAACUGGGAUUGGCAAACACGGACAGCCGAUGCCUUAA